UCAGCAGGAAAUGCAUCCAACUCUUUGAUGUGGUCAGUCAGUCCCGCCGAUCGACGGUUAGCGUCGCCGCAGCGGAAACCUCCAGAGUUCCAGCGACUUUCGCCUGUUUCUCUCCGGUCCUUCGUCAUUCUUCGGCUCACCAAAUCCCUCAUCCCCUUCGAUAUUCCCCGCGGCAGUGGUGGCCAUGGGCGAUGGGCAGAAGCUGAGGUCUACACUGGCGGACAAUGUCUUUUCAACCAAAUGAACCGGUGCCCGUUCCGGCUCAAUCCUCCCUGUCUUUCACCCAAGGGUUCCUGCUUGGGCAGCUGUCGGUCGUACUGCUGAUCGGAGCCUUCAUCAAGUUCUUCAUUUUCGGCGAAGCACCUCCGCCGCCCUCGCGCGGUCUUUCCCACCGCGCCUCGACCCACCGGCGCUCCAAUUCCAUCUACACCAUCAAUGCUAACGAUGCCAACUCCCGUUCGUUGAGAGAGAAGCCGUCCAACUCGAACGUCCUGCGUCCGGUGCCCUCCUCCUCAACGAAUACCCGGUCCAUCCUCCGCAAGACCUACUACAGCGCCAUUCCUACCAAUUCCUCCAAGCAUGGCAGACAUAAGAUCCCCCACUCAUCGCAUCAGCCAGAGUCUCUGGACUGGUUCAACGUGCUGAUUGCGCAAACCAUUGCCCAGUACAGACAAACAGCGUACUCGUUGAAGGACUCUCCGACAUCAUCGAUCCUCAGCUCACUUAAUGCAGCACUCAACAACCCGGAGAAAAAGCCUUCGUUCAUCGACAAAAUCACCGUGACGGAUAUCUCGCUUGGUGAGGAGUUCCCUAUAUUCAGCAACUGCCGCAUCAUCGCCGUCGAUGAUCCCAACUCGGAUGGUGGGAGACUCCAGGCAUUGAUGGACGUCGACCUGAGCGACGACAACCUGUCGAUUGCCAUCGAGACUUCACUGCUGCUCAACUAUCCCAAGCCCUGCUCGGCAAUUCUUCCAGUUGCUCUAUCUGUUUCCGUUGUGCGGUUUUCGGGGACGCUAUGCAUCUCUCUUGUUCCGGCGUCCACCCCUCCGCUCCACACACCAUCUCCAUCCCCGUCUCCCGCUGAUGGGAACUCGCGCGGAAAGACGUCCGGAGACACCAACCAACAGACGGCCGAUGAAGAAGAAAACGGGCUUCCACCGAAGAGCGGGAGCCCCAAGAGUAAUGUCGCUUUCUCCUUCCUUCCCGACUACCGGCUGGACCUUUCUGUCCGGUCCCUCAUUGGGUCCCGCAGUAGACUCCAGGACGUGCCUAAAGUCGCUCAGCUGGUGGAAGCUCGUGUCCACGCCUGGUUUGAGGAGCGGGUGGUGGAGCCCCGAGUGCAAGUAGUCGGGUUGCCAGAUCUCUGGCCUCGUAUGGGCCGAACCGGCGUCCGCACCGGCGAAGAGUCGGAAACUGGCUCGAAUGCGGCAUCUCGGAGUGCCAUGUCUGCCGACCUCGGUGAUCAUCUAGGGGAUCGAGAACCCGAAGGGCUUCGCUUCCGGGGCGGGCUUACCUCACGGCCUCAAUUCGACAGCGUGUCGCGAACCAGCAGCUACAACGUCGAGACGGGCGAUCUGCGCAGUCCCAGCUUAGUCCGAGAGGAGAGUUCUGGGGGGCUAAGUGAUCAGUUCCAAAUGCCUGGGUCUUUGUCCAGCGCAGCAGCUCGAUGAGACCGACAUUUCUUUGGCUACAUGUAUCAUAGAUGGCUACGAUCUUGAAAAGUAUCCGACCUACAUAACGAACGGAGUUAGGUUAAAAUGGUUGCUGAAUAUUACCUUCUGAGAUUCUCCAGAAAUGGAACAGAUGUCGUAAAUUUCAUUCAUGGUAUAGAACAUCAUCAUCAAGCUUACAUGCCAUCGA